AUGGACCAAAUGUUAGAAUGGUUGGCUGGGAAGGCCUACUAUUGCUUCUUGGAUGGGUACUCCGGGUACAAUCAGAUUGUUGUGGACCCGGUGGAUCAAGAGAAGACAGCUUUUACAUGCCCAUUUGGG